AUGCCCAGUGUUAAAGUACCUCUGCCGCCGUUGAAGUCGGUUUUCGGGGAUGCGUUCCAGCAGUGCAAAAAUGGUCCAGAAGUUCUAACUCUUGUGAGUAAGACUGCGAUACCGUUGUCAUACGGGGACGCAUGUCACGCGUUAACGCAUUUGGCCAACUUCGGUGAUUUCAAGAGGGGCAGUCGAGAGUUCAAAGAUUUCAUAUCUAAACUCGAUACGCAGGUCUGCAUGCCCUGGUUCGAGAAGGUCUUGCCACAGUGUGAGCCGCAUAUGGCCAUUGACGUUCUCUACAGGCUGUACCGUAUAUCGGGCGUACAUGUGAAGUAA